GGUCACUUCAGGGGAACUGGGCCUCGGCCCGGGAAGUUGGGGCGCGCUCUGCAUCCCAGCGGCGUCCCCAGCUGCCAGCUCCCAGCCCCGCCCGCAGCGGUCUUCCCGCACGGACCCGGGCGACUGCGCUCCGUUUCUGGGAACAGGCUCCGAUCCGAUCGGGGCGUCCGCUGGCUGGCUGCUCCCUGCUCCCCUCCGCACCCCACUCUCCAACCCUCCCCCUGGGUCAGCCCGGAACCGCCCCUCUACGGGGAGCUGCGCACUUGGCGGCACUUGGACCCCUCGGCAGCCAGCAGGUGCCGCGCUCCCGCCCAGCCCAGCCCCGUCCCCGUGGCCACCCCUGCGCGCUGCUCUCUCCGCGUUUCUGGGGGUUCCCGUGUUACCCCUGCUCCCCGGGCGGAAGCACCAGUCCCAGCUUCUUGGAAGGCGAGAAGGGAGAAGCCAGAUCUAGCUAAGGCAUCCAGACCUCUUUUGAGCGGAGAUGAAUGUUUCUGCCAGGAUUAUGUAACUGGAGGAUCCAGGUCUGAGCAGACAACCAUGGGAGCCAAUACUUCAAGCAAACCCCCAGUUUUUGAUGAAAAUGAGGAUGUCAACUUUGACCACUUUGAAAUUCUGCGAGCCAUUGGGAAAGGCAGUUUUGGGAAGGUCUGCAUCGUUCAGAAGAACGAUACCAAGAAGAUGUAUGCAAUGAAGUACAUGAACAAACAGAAGUGUGUCGAGCGCAACGAAGUGAGAAAUGUCUUCAAGGAACUGCAGAUCAUGCAGGGUCUGGAGCACCCUUUCCUAGUUAAUUUGUGGUACUCCUUCCAAGAUGAGGAAGACAUGUUCAUGGUGGUAGACCUCCUGCUGGGUGGGGACCUACGGUAUCACCUACAGCAGAACGUCCGUUUUCAGGAAGACACUGUGAAGCUCUUCAUCUGUGAGCUGGCCAUGGCCCUGGACUACCUGCAGAGCCAGCGCAUCAUUCACAGGGAUAUGAAGCCUGACAAUAUUUUGCUUGAUGAACAUGGGCACGUGCACAUCACGGACUUCAACAUCGCCGCCAUGCUGCCCAGGGAGUCGCAGAUCACCACCAUGGCUGGCACCAAGCCUUACAUGGCACCCGAGAUGUUCAGCUCGAGGAGAGAAGCCGGCUAUUCCUUUGCUGUGGACUGGUGGUCCCUGGGAGUGACAGCCUACGAGCUUCUGAGAGGCCGGAAAAGCAUUUUGCAGUCACGGUACAAAAGUCUAAUGCAGACACACUUCCCCAAGAGACCGUAUCAUAUUCGCUCCAGUACGUCCAGCAAGGAAAUUGCACACAUGUUUGAGACGGCUAUUGUGCCUUACCCUUCUGCCUGGUCACCGGAAAUGGUGUCACUUCUUAGAAAGCUACUUGAACCUAAUCCAGACCAACGGUUUUCUCACUUGUCUGACCUUCAGAACUUCCCAUAUAUGAGUGAUGUGAACUGGGAUGCGGUUUUACAGAAGAGGCUCAUUCCAGGUUUCAUUCCUAACAAAGGCAGGCUGAAUUGCGACCCCACCUUUGAACUUGAAGAAAUGAUUUUGGAGUCCAAACCUCUUCAUAAGAAAAAGAAGCGUCUGGCAAAGAAGGAGAAGGAGAUGAGGAAAUGUGAUUCCUCUCAGAUGUGCCUUCUGCAAGAGCACCUUGAAUCUGUGCAAAAGGAAUUCAUCAUUUUCAACAGGGAAAAAGUAAAAAGGGACUUUAAUAAAAGGCAAGCAAAUCUAGCCUUCGAACAGACCAAAGACCCACAAGAAGAGAACAGCCAGAAUAACAACCUGUGAGUCGUCAACAUCUUCUUCUUGGGACAUUUCCUGCCACUCGGGCCAGCAAGUUCUGACUUCCACAGCAGGAUGAGCCGACGUAGUUCCCUCCGCACACCUCACACACCUUAGAAAACGUGAAUGCCUACUUUUGAGGGAGGCAGCACGAGACAAUGAAGAGCUCCCUGGGCUCCUGGGAACUGGUUACACCACUAACAAACCAUGUGACCAUGAGCAAGUCACUUAACCACUUCCUCUGCUUCAGUUUAUUCUUCUAAAAUGAGAGGGCUCUACUAGAUGAGCUCUCCCCUGCCUUUUUAUUGAAACCACUGUUGUCCUACACAGCUUUUAUUCUUAUUUCUAAAGGACUAUUUGGAUGUAGAUUUAUUUUUCCACUCCUAGUUACACUGUGACAGAUGGGCAAAUGAACAUAGGUGGGUGAUUGAGUGAGGUGUUUGGGGGCUGACUGAGUGAGGCUCUUCAGAGCUAGGAAACUUCAUAAAGAGGUCGCAAUCCCCCAGCCUGAUUGAAUAGGAAUAAGGAAUCCAAUCAGGAAGAAAUGAGUGGGACUGAAUUAAAGUGAAACAGACUUACCUGGGCCUCCCAGUGCUAUGCCAAAGUCACACACCACAUCAGCUUAUCCCAGCUAGCAAGAGCCUGCUGUGCACAUCUGUCCCAACACCCUGUACAGUGACAUGAAGUUGGGGAGUUGAAAUUGGUGAUGAUGAGGCAUUUACACCAUGGAAAUUGGCCAAUGUUGUCCUAACCGGUUUGGCUCAGUGGAGAGAGUGUUGGCCUGCAGACUCAAGGGUCCCAGGUUCGAUUCC